AUGUUUUUGUUCAUCAAUCAGUAUAGCGAAGAUGAAAGUGGCAAUGUUGACCGCCCUGACAGACAUACUGUGGGAUCCCAUGUGCAACGCAACAUUCACCAGAAAAAAAGAUCAAAUCGCCAGACAAAGGAACACUCGCGUGUCAAACGAAUUCUGACUUUUCGUAACCGGGAUAUACUCCCCAACGAGCUGCAGCGUCGACAGGAAUAUGCAGUCGAUAAUACUCUCUCCUCGGAAGCGGACUCAAGGAGCGUCUAUGCUGGCCAACUCGCCGGUUUGAACAAGGUUUCCCCAGGCCUGGAGCACAAGACGAGUCAGGAAAAGGUGACAAACGCAGGUUAUUCCAUCAUCCAGCCAGAGGCACUGCGCGGCAAGGUCUCUCCUGCAGUCGACCCAGGUCUAAAACUCUCCAUCAAGGGUCGAAUGGCGCCAAGCCAGAGGGGCAGAGGGUGUUCUCCUUCUAUUCACAGUGCCAACUCAAGAGAGUCAAGUGCAGUUCAUAGCCCCGAAACACUCCCUACCUCAGAACUCUGGAACGACGAAUUAGCUAUUGAGCAAGGCGGCGCCUUCGGUCCUCCUGAGUACCAGGAUUUCGGUGAAAGGACCUAUGGUCUCAUGGAAAGCAGCUCGCUUGAGUCAACCGAGCUGAUGCAGGUCACGGAACAAUCAAUUCCUGUCGACGGCUUUCCUAAGGCGGCCUCCCUUAGUCCAUAUCAGCCUGUCGGACAUGGAACUGGCGAUCCUUUUGCCAGUACUGUACUGCCUGUUACCCCUUUCUAUGGCAGGUUGAUCACAUAUUUCCAGACAAGCUUCACAUACAGAUCCGUGGAGCGGCUGUGCCAGAACGCUGGGGCUCGGUGGAUCCAGACACUGAUAUCUGACCAGCCGGCGAUGCAUGGCCUCUACGCGAAUGCUCUGUUCCUGGCAGCACGACUUUGUCAAGACAGUGACAAGAAGAGGGCUAUGAUGCUGCUGGCAAUGGGACACGACAAUUUCUCCAUUGCCGUAACUCGUCGCAGGCUCCGAGAAAAGAAGGAUCUGCGCUUAGUGGCUUUUGGGAUGAUCAGCUUGCUCAUAUCUGCGUACAGUACUGAAGAUUGGCCUAGCUAUCGGUUGCACCUUCAGGGUAUGGCGUCGGUUGUACAGCUUCUGGGUGGCUUUAGCUCCAUCGAUGAUUUGCUACUGCUUAUUCUGCUUGCCGGCGAGACCCAAGCCUCGAGCCACAUGCUCGUCAGACCGGCGCUCAGCUCUCAAGCCUGGCCACGUCGAGAUUGGGACAACUACUAUCCCCCUACAGAUACAUCAUCUCACAAUCUCCCGAACCAAUCGUCACACGAAGCCUCUGUGGCAACAACACUACCGAGCGAAGUGUUGGAACUCUUUCGGGAUGUUCGAGGAUUGUACCACGCUACGGUGCUGUUGAACCAGAAUGCUCAUAAUUCCAACACUUAUAUCGCUGUUCGACGAUCUCUGCAGUUCCGCUACCACUUUCUCAAUAUCUCACUCCUCGACAGUUACCGUGACUUACAGGAAAAGCAUGAAGACGAGCACAGACUGGGCACGAACAGAAGCAGUCUUGCCCAAGUAUUCUUGGUGGCUUUGAUGUGCUGCCAUCAAUUUCUCUAUCAUACUAUUGUGGAUCCGUCUGUUCUUCAGAUGAGAUACAUUCCGUUCUACCACAUACAAAAGCACUUGGAAGAUCUCGAACCUCUCUGCCUGGAUGCCAUAUUCCCCACACCAGGAGACAUCGAUGUGUUGAUAUGGAUCUCGUUCAUCGGUGCCUAUAGCGAGAUUUCGAGACGAGACAGCGUGAAAGUCACGCGCUCAAAAGGCCCGAACACUAUGGCAUUCUUGAGAUUUGCGAGAAUCCAGCACAGAAUGGAUCCAUCGCAUCGAGAUAUUAAAGUUACGCUGGAGAGUUUCAUUUACCAUGAACUACUAUUUACACCUGUGCUCGAAUAUCUGCGAUGUCUUGUCAUCUCUGAGAGCCCAUAG